GCAGCAGUACAACAAAGAAGGGACCGAAAUAAUAAUAAUAAUAAUAAUAAUAUAGAUCAAUUCAAUUUAAUCAAUAUAAAUAAGCUUCUUCUUCUUCUUCUUCUUCUCACUUACUUAGAUCUGUUACUCAAUUUCUUUCUUCAUCUUUGAUUAUUAUUGAUUGGAAAUGGCGGGUGAUAGUUGGGUACUGAUGGUUACAGCUCAGACACCAACCAACAUUGCUGUGAUAAAGUAUUGGGGUAAAAGAGAUGAAACCCUAAUCUUACCUGUUAAUGAUAGUAUCAGUGUCACUCUUGAUCCCGCUCAUCUUUGCACCACAACUACCGUUUCUGUUAGUCCUUCCUUUCAACAAGAUCGUAUGUGGCUCAAUGGCAAGGAGAUUUCUCUUUCCGGGGGUAGAUUCCAGAGCUGUUUAAGGGAGAUCCGUGCUCGCGCGUGCGAUGUUGAGGAUAAUAAAAAGGGUAUUAAGAUCACCAAAGAGGAUUGGAGCAAAUUGUACGUACAUAUUGCUUCCUACAACAACUUCCCUACUGCAGCUGGAUUGGCUUCAUCGGCUGCGGGUUUCGCUUGUCUUGUUUAUUCCCUGGGGAAGCUAAUGAAUGUCAAAGAAGAUGAAAGCCAGCUGUCUGCUAUUGCAAGGCAAGGAUCAGGUAGUGCUUGUCGCAGCUUAUUUGGGGGAUUUGUGAAGUGGAAAAUGGGAAAAGAGGAGAAUGGAAGUGAUAGUCUUGCGGUUCAACUUGCUGAUGAAAAGCAUUGGGAUGAACUUGUUAUUGUUAUUGCCGUGGUUAGCUCUCGGCAAAAGGAAACUAGCAGCACCUCAGGAAUGCGUGAGACUGUUGAAACAAGUUUGCUUUUACAGCAUAGAGCAAAGGAAAUAGUGCCAAAGAGGAUACUGCAAAUGGAAGAAGCCAUUAGAAACCGUGAUUUUGCAUCUUUUUCACAACUCACCCGUAUCGAUAGCAACCAGUUUCAUGCAGUUUGUCUGGAUACAAGUCCCCCUAUAUUUUACAUGAAUGAUACAUCCCAUAGGAUAAUCAGCAUUGUUGAAAAGUGGAACCGUUCGGAAGAAGCUCCACAGGUAGCUUAUACGUUUGAUGCAGGGCCAAAUGCGGUUCUAAUUGCACGUAAUAGGAAAGCUGCUACCCUUUUGAUUCAGAAGUUGCUUUACUACUUCCCUCCAAAUUCAGAUGACCUCAACAGUUACAUUAUUGGGGACAAGUCAAUUGCAAAAGAUGCUGGGAUCAAUGGAAUUGAGGACAUAGAAGCUUUGCCACCACCUCCAGAAAUUAAAGAUAAUAUUCCAUCACAAAAGUACAAGGGGGAUGUCAGUUACUUUAUAUGCACCAGACCAGGAAGGGGACCUGUUGUGCUUACUGAUGAAAGUCAAGCUCUUCUCAACAGUGAAAAUGGGCUUCCCAAAUAAGGUACAUGGGAAAUAUUCCCAUGGUUGUGAUCUAUUCUUCAUCAGAUUUAUCUGUCCGUCCAGCUAUAUUAGCUCGAAAUAUUUUUCUUAGAUGACUUUUUCAAGGAAGCCUGUUGUACCCAUGGCAUGAUUAUUUGUGUUCAUUCCAAGUUCACAGUUUGUGUUUUUCUUUUAUAUAUCUGUAAUUCUUAUUUACAAAUCUAGUUAGUCUAUUUUCUGCGAGAAAAAUAAGUCUUGUUCCUUUCCUGUAUUGAAUUGAGCACCUUUAAUUUAAUUUUCCUGAGCUUUGCUAGUUCAACUUGUCAUCAUUUUA